AUGAAACGGGGUAAUGGACCCUGGCACCACGUUGAGGUGGCCGGCAUCGCCAUGGGAAACCGCAGGUCCCACGCCACAUCAAUGAGGGCAGAGAACAGCCACGAUAAUCGUGAGUUCAGUCUGUGUUGCUGUGCCCCCACAAACCGUCCAAAAUCUGUUUUUCUUUUGUGUGUGUGUGUGUGUGUGUGUUUUAAUUAUUGUUCUUGUGUGAUGCUAUUCAUCGGUCUCACUUACUUCACAACCAACUGUUCCUCCUCUUUCUCACUUUCUGGUUACUUUUGCUCAUCCUGUUUGCUGUCGUCGUCUACCACCGAAACUGAACGGCUGCCAAUUUUAUACCUUUCAUUGAGCCCGGCGGAGUCCUGUAUCACCACAGCCCGAACUGACCCAACGGUACUGGAAAAAGUGCGGGUAUCACUAAUUUCUGUUGUGUACAGCAAAGCCGCGCGUAGGUGCUUUCUUUGUUUUCGGUUGCCAUCGCAGACAUUUUGUUCACCCCAGCGCCGUGUCAUGGCAAUGCUUUCACAGGCUCGCGUAGCAGGUUGGGCGUCGCGCUGGCUUACUGAUGAAUUAGUGGCACUCUCUAAGGCGGGGAAUUGGGAAGCAGCGAUUAGCACCUUUUUACAAUUGCAGCAGGCCAACAUCGUGCAGAGCAAUGUCUUUCAUUAUACAACUGUAAUUAGUGCUUGCGGUCGUGCUGGGAAAUGGGAAGCAGCCAUGUCCAUUUUUGACCAGAUGACGAAGAACGAAGUGAAACCCAACGUCUACACGUACACGGCUGUGAUUAAUGCCUGCGCCAGCGCCGAGAAAGCAGACGUUGCGCUCCGCAUGUUCGCCCAUAUGAGGUUGGCAGAUGUACCACCCAACGUGCAAACCAUGACAGCUCUUGUUAACGCGUGUGCUCGUUCCGGCGAAUGGGAACGAGCGAUAAAAAUACUUCGCGAUUGCGAGGAACUUUUUGUAGCGCCAAAUGUCUUCACAUACACCGCUGCAAUGGACGGGUGCAGGCGGGGGGGUGUUUGGAAACCUGCGGUGGAUUUGCUCAACGAGAUGCGCGACCCGACCCGCGUUCGCCCCAACGAGGUCACGUACAACACUGUGAUUAAUGCAUGUGCGGUGGCGUCCGAGUUGAAUGCCGCGCUCCAAGUUUAUGCGACUAUGGUAAGCGAUGGAUACACUCCUGUCAACUUCACCAAAACACUGCUGAUGCAGUUGUUUAGAAACACAGCACUCAGUGGCCUAGCUGAUGAACUGAAGGUGCGUAAAACCACCUGGCGAGAGAUAAAUGUCCCCGACACUGACCCUGCCACAGCACUUGAAGCUGUCCGCGAGGAUUCCCCGGCAGUGGAGGAGGAGGAGGAGGAAGGGAAAGGGUAA